UUAGAGCAGAAGUAUGCACUUAACAACAUUAAUACUAUUUUAUACACUCUAGCAGUAGACAUUAACUGUCUAAAUGCACACUCUUCUAACCUAGAUAAUAAACUUGCACGCUGCCUUUUUGCUAAUUGCAACAUAAGCAUCUGUUACAGGCUAGACAACUUUCUUACAACUAAAGGAAUAGCAACAGCUGCUCUAGCACUUCUAGAGUUAGAAGCUAAUGCCUCUAGCUGCGUAGCUGCAAAGCGGCAACAGCUGUUGCGGCGUCUAUAGGGCUAGCUUACCCUAGAGGAUCCUAAUUUGUCUAAG